GAUUUUAAACCAGUACUUUCCUGGUGUCAGUCAUGUUGGCUGUGUACUCGAAGAUAAUCGUCCUUUGCGGGCUCCUCCACAACACUUGUGGAGACAACAGAGAGUUAAUUCCUCAAGAUGCCCCCUCAAACUUGACACUUUUGGAAAUUAGAAGCCGCCAAGUUCUGAUCGAGUGGGACCCGGUGGACCCCGAGUCCCUCAGAGGCAAAUUCAAAGGGUAUUUAGUACGAACGUGGAACGAUGCUGGCAGCCAAGUAUACGCUUUCCCACCCGAAGUAACCAGAGCCAACGUCGAGUUCUUCCCGUUUUCGAAAAAUUUCAUUACGGUUUCAGCCCGUAACGAAAAGUACGUGGGACCUCCAAGCGAAGCUAUAAGCUUCGAUGCACCUCAAAUAGCACCUAACCACCCUUUCACUGUCAAUGUUUUCACUCUAAGUUCGGCUUCAGUGUUUAUUCAGUGGAGUAAACCGACUGAACCGAACGGGAUUCUCUUAGGUUAUAAGAUUUACACGAAAGAGAUUAACGAAUCUGUACCUUACGCCAAAAUGAAAGAAGUUGUACACCUGGUGAACGACUCGGAUAAACUUCAAGCCAAACUAACCGGACUUGACGAAGGAAUGACGUAUCGGAUAGGGAUUUCAGCCGUUAACUGUGCCGGGGAAAGCAAUGUAGCAGAAGCUGAAGUUACCAUGGAAUCACACACGUCUGCGCCACCUUUCGUUCCACGAUUUAUCUACAAAAUUAAUUAUACAACCCCGAAUCGAGACGAAGUUUGCUACAAGUCGACAACGACUCCAAUUCCCGUGGAAGAAGAAAAAGACAAAGAUGAAGAAGAGUUCGAUUAUUAUGAUUAUUUGAUUGCUAGCGACAAGAAGCCGAAGACUACCGAAGCGUCUAAAACCACCACCGUCCCUCAAACCGAAUACAACAAACGCUGUAUUGUUAACUGCAUGGUAUUGUGGGUCCCUGAUGUUAAAAAUAACCCAGGAGAGCACUUUUACGUCAAGUAUAAAAUAAAAGGCGAGAAGGAAUACCGAGUUACCGAUCCAGAAAUGAGCGAAGAUUACAUAAUUUUGCAAAAUUUUGACGCCUGCAAGAACUACGAGAUUAUUUUGACUGCGGUGGAUGGGGAACAUAGCACGGAAAGCGGGAUAUUGCUCACCCCUACCAAAGUGUUCUAACUUUAUUUUAAUGAUGUUAUGUAAUUUGGAAAAGUUUAUUUUAUUUAUUAAACUAAUAAAAAAUAAAAUUUUUAA